ACGGAGCGGACGCCGCUAAUGGCGGCCGGAGUGGGGGAGAGAGGGGCGAAAGGGCGGCCCUAGAGGAGAGAGAGAGAGAGAGGGAGAGCGGGGCUGGAGGGGCCGGAGGGAAGGGGAGACCAUGGACCAGACGCAGCCGCUGGACUGGCAGCCGGAGGAGGAGGAGGAGGAGCGGCCCCGCCAGGCGGCCCGGGAUGAGGAGCCCCGCGGGCGCCUCCAGGUGGUGGUGGGCAACUGUGACAGCGAGAAAGAGUUCCCGGUGUACAGAGGGGACAAUGUGAUCGGGCGGCACGAGAGCUGCGGUGUGCGCCUGGCGGCCCAGUCGGUGUCAAAGCGACACGCGGUCAUCGAGGUGGACGAUGACGGGCACCUGAUCUACGACUGCAACAGCCUGAACAAGACUCGCCGUGUCCGGCGCGUGCUGAAGCCGGGCGUGCGGUACGCCCUGCGCGACGGGGACCUGCUGCUGUUCGCCGACGUGGCCUGUCGCUACUUCUUGGUGCCCCGCUGGAGCUCGGGCUCGGGCUCGGGCGGGAGGACGGAGACGCGGGGAGGGGAGGCCGAGACGGAGGCUGGCGAUUCCGAGGACGAUUCGCUGGCACUGUCGCCCACCCAGAACUACCAGGCCAAGCUCGAGAGGACACCUUUCCCCCUGCGGACGCCGCAGGCCGGAGUCUACGUGCAGGAUUCGGACGACGAGGAGACUUCGGCAAGGAACAAGGCACAUCCCGGCACUUCCGGAUUGAACUCUACGCAAGGUUUCGGCAGCCAAUCCCGGUCCAAAUUCCAAACUCCGUCAAACACAGUUGUCCCUGAAAGCGACGAUGAGGGUCCGGGCAGCUCAUCGCCCUGUAGCCCCUUCGAGGGGCUUCACUCCGCGAGCGGGAGCGACACGGCCCAGGAUGGGGGGGGGAGCGGGGGAGGGCAGACGCCCGCCGGGACCCCCUCCCUCCCCGGGCCUCACCGGCUAGACUUCCUGCCGUCCCUGAGCGAGAGCGAGAGCGGGGCCGAGGGGGAGGAGGAACCAAGCUCCGUCACCGAGGAGGGGGCCGCCUCGGGGACGGUUUGCACCGCCGGUCAGGAAGCCCCGGCCGAACCCGGGGGCCACCCGUUGGAAAGCCCAUCGGCACCUGGGCUCUUGCCGUACUUUAACCUGGACAGUGACAGCGAGGAGGGGGAGGAGGGGGCGGGGACGGGUUCGGGACCCCAGGCAGUGGCUGCCCCUCUUUUCCGCCUCCCUGAGCCCCGGGGGAACAACAACAACAACAACAGCAGCAGCAGCGGCUCAGGGAACGGGCCCCCCUGCUCCAGGGAGGGGCGGAGCACCAGGGCCGGACCUGAGCGAGGGCAGCGAUACCGACGUGGAGGAAGACGGCAAGUGGGAGCUGGGGAAGGCGAGCGAGGAUGAGCUCCUGAAGGGAGACAGCGACACGGACAUCGACGAAGACAUCAGCGAAACGUACACGCUGGAGCUCACCCAGAGUUACAUCGCGCCCACGCCAAGCGCCCGGAAGGAGCGAGAGGAGGACCGAGCGGAGGAAACACGCACGUACGGGGUCGAUCGAAGCACCCAGUCUGGAAGCCCUGAAGGUGGGCUUCCGGGCCAGUCGGUGGAGCCGAGCCGGAGGAGCCCACGGAGGGCGCAUCGACCCCUGAGGACACGGGCUCCCUCCUCUCGGAGAACGACCCGGCCCGGGCAGGCGAGGCCGAGGAACCGACGCAGGACUUCAGGUCUCCGGGCUGGGCCGGCGCCGGAGGCA